CCGCAGUGAGCGAGCAUAAUGCUAUGCUGGUUCCGGGGCGGCACUACUCGGUACUGCUUUCUGUCUACGAGUCAAGCAAAGGGGAUACUCGGCCUGCCAGCACCAGCUCGCAUCGCCCUCGAAUGAAUUGUCCAUUUCCCAGGAACCAACAAUAACAAUGCAUGGCUUGUAAACCACCGAACAUGGCUCAAAGGAAGAGGCCAGGGACCAGCGGAGUAAACAGCAUGGCUCCUCCAGUCCCCACCUCGUGUCCCGCACCUCUUCGACCGGAGUCCCGUGAUUUGAAGGCCCUCCCUGCUCGGCAGCGCCCGACCCGCUACUCGAAGGAAUCACAGGCUCCAAAGCCGCUUCCCCGUACCUGCAAGGCACAAUAUUCCUCUCGCAAGUGUGAGGAUGUGGUUCGCAGCUGUCCAGAAGAGGACACAGAUGCAGAUGUUGAACUGAAGAGAUAUAGCAAUCAACCAGAUGCAGAAUUAGAGGACCAGCGACCUCCCACACCCUCAACGCCUGAACUUGAGCCUGAGCAAGAGGACCACAACCAGGUAGACAUCCAUGAUGGAGCUGACAGCCUGGAUGAUGACUCCAGCUCCGACUACAUUAACAACACUUCAGAGGACGAGGAAGACUAUGAUGACGGACUUGCAGAGGAGGAUGAAGGUGUUACCUACUACAUCCGGUACUGCCCAGAGGAUGACAGCUACAUGGAAGGCAUGGACUGCAGCAGCCAAGGAGACUGCAACCACGGUCAUAGCCAGGAAGAACGUGUCGCUAUUAUGCAGCAAAAUGAAGGCCACACCGAGUGCCAGGAAGCUGUCGAAGGAUGGACUGAGGAUGGAGAGGGAGAGGUGAGGGAGGAGGAGUGGGUGGAAGAUAAAGAGGAAGAGAGUGCCACCAGGGAAGAGUGGAGAGAAGAAGAGGAAGGAGAGACAGAAGAGUGGAGGGAAGGAGACGAGGAGGGUGGAGAGGAGUGGACAGAGGAGGGUCCAGGCCGGCAAGAGCAGUGGACCGGUAGUGAGAGGCACAGUGUGGAGGAGUGGGCUGAAGGUGAGGGGGAGGUACGCUGUGAGGUGGUGGAGCAAGACCCUGAUGAACAUAUAUACAAUGGACGACCAGAGCCAAUAUUGGACCAUAACCAUCACAAUCACCACCAUCACCAACCUACCAUGCAAGACGCCCUCCACACCCAACGCGAUGACGAAGAAGAACAGGAGGAUGCAGAGAGCGAGGAGUACUGCCCAAAUGAAGAGGCAUACGAGGAAGAAGAUGAAGAUGAGAGACAUGGAAGGGCCUACACUGGAGACUACUACGUUCCAGAGGACAAUGGCAACUCAGUGCGUGGUUCGCCAUUCCGAGGACGUAAGGUGAUGGUGGUUGAGGGGGAGACCGGUGAGGAGGCGGAGGAGGACAUUGACCAAAUAGUUGCUGAGAUCAAGAUGAGUAUGAGCAUGGGGAGUCUAAGUAGCGGUACUGACCAAAGUCCGGAGGAGCUAGUGCAGGACCCGCCCACAGGUGACUACCCUCACGCCAAGCCUGACACAGCCUACCUACCAGCUCACCACCGCCAUGACAGCAGACCCAAGUCUCUCAACCUACCCUCCGUGCAUCAUAACAACCCAGACCUCCAGAGGAACCUGAAGAUCCAACCACAUUCGCCAGAAGAUAGACAGAGAUGGCAACAAGAGCAGGUGAGCAACGGUGCGGAGCAGCCGAGAAAACAGCAGCGCUCGGAUCUUAACAUUCCACUGGAGAACAACAACGUACCAGACACUGGCAAAAAGGUCGCAUCAUUUCCCAGCUUUGUUGAUGUCCCAGGACCCUGCGAGCCCGAAGACCUGAUUGAUGGGAUCAUCUUUGCUGCUAACUACCUGGGCUCGACUCAGCUGCUGUCUGAGAGGAACCCUUCGAAGAACAUACGUAUGAUGCAGGCCCAGGAGGCAGUCAGCAGGGUUAAGAGGGUACAGAAGGCUGCCAAAAUCAAGAAAAAGGCGAGCCCAGACGGGGAUGCUCAAACCCUCACAGAGGUUGAUCUGUUCAUCUCCACGCAGAGGAUCAAGGUCCUCAAUGCAGACUCACAGGAAACGAUGAUGGACAAUGCACUCCGCACUAUAUCCUACAUCGCUGACAUUGGAAACAUCGUGGUGCUGAUGGCGAGACGUCGAAUGCCCCGCACAGCCUCCCAGGACUGCAUCGAAACCACCCCUGGAGCACCUGAGGCGAAGAAGCAGUACAAGAUGAUAUGCCACGUCUUUGAGUCCGAGGACGCCCAGCUCAUCGCUCAGUCCAUCGGCCAGGCCUUUAGUGUAGCUUACCAGGAGUUCCUGAGAGCAAAUGGCAUCAACCCAGAGGAUCUCAGCCAAAAGGAGUACAGCGACAUCAUCAACACCCAGGAGAUGUACAACGAUGACCUCAUUCACUUCUCCAACUCUGAAAACUGCAAAGAGCUGCAGCUGGAGAAGAGUAAAGGCGAGAUCCUGGGUGUCGUGAUUGUGGAGUCCGGUUGGGGCUCCAUCCUCCCCACUGUCAUCUUAGCAAACAUGAUGAACGGCGCGCCUGCGGCUCGCUCGGGCAAGCUGAGCAUCGGAGAUCAGAUCAUGUCCAUCAACAACACCAGCCUCGUCGGGCUGCCACUCGCCACCUGUCAGGGAAUCAUCAAGGGCUUAAAGAACCAGGUUCAGGUGAAAAUGAACAUCGUCAGCUGCCCUCCUGUUACGACUGUCCUUAUUAAGAGACCUGAUCUCAAGUAUCAGCUGGGCUUCAGUGUGCAGAACGGCAUUAUAUGCAGUCUGAUGCGGGGCGGCAUCGCCGAGCGAGGGGGCGUCCGGGUUGGCCACCGGAUCAUCGAGAUCAAUGGGCAGAGUGUGGUUGCCACAGCGCAUGAGAAGAUCGUCCAGGCCCUCUCGAACUCCGUUGGCGAGAUUCACAUGAAGACUAUGCCUGCAGCCAUGUUCCGACUCCUCACGGGCCAGGAGACGCCGAUGUACAUAUGAAGCCAUGAAUGGAUGAAUCUUAUUGUAUAAAAAAAAUAACAAAAAAAAACAACUCCUAUUGUACAAACCCAGAGGUUAAUUCAUUUUGUCACCGUGUCUUCAAUCAGCGUUUUGGUUUGUCCCAUCUGAAAAACUAUUUUGUUUAUCAGUCUCGUAUGUGCUCUUGUGUCCCAUCAAUGACAUGAAAAGACUUACCGAGCUAUUUUUUUAUAUCCACCCGCGUAAGGCAAGAUUCAUUUCCCCCUGAUUAUUUAUUUCCCGUGUGAAUACUUCAGGAGGGGACGGAUGGAGCGUUGGUGUACAUUUUUACUGAACCGUUCUGUCCGCUGCAAAGCAGGAUGUGGUAAAUAUCGCCAGUGAAACGUGGAGGUGUUUUACGCUUGAGAAGAGUCCAUUGAAAUAUGCUAAGUUGAUAAAUAUAAUGUGGACGUGACUGGAACUGGCGUCUGCAGGGAGAAAUGCCAUAUACCGUUCAUGCGCGAAGGACCGGAGCUGUCCUAUCUAGUCUUUGCGCACGGACUGAUGAAGCCUGCUCGGAUGAGAGGCCAAACCUCCUCGGAGACAACAUGAACCAUCGAUUCGGUGCCCUGAGACUACAAUGACAACAUUCACAGGCCAUUUAGUGUAUGGUAGACUUCAUUUACAUGGCAAUACACACUCAAGUUUGCAGACUUUUCGAUGGAAACCCGUUUCCGCCAGUGAAAGAAAAAAAACAUACCCCAAUGGUAAAUCAUAACUAUGAGAUAAAAAGUCAGAAUUAUGAGAAAAGUCAAAAUUAUGAGAUAAAGUCAUAAAUGAGAUAAAAAAGUCAUAUUUGUGAGAUAAAAAGUCAUAAUUGAGAUAAAUCAAAAUUAUAAGCCAUAAAGUCAAAAUUAUGAGAUAAAAAGUCAUAAAUAUGAGAUAAAAAGUCAUAUUUAUGAGAUAAAAAGUCAUAAUUAUGAGAUAAGUCAAAAUUAUGAGCUAUAAAGUCAAAAUUAUGAGAUAAAAAGUCAUAAAUAUGAGAUAAAAAGUCAUAUUUAUGAGAUAAAAAGUCAAAAUUAUGGGUUAUAAAGUCAAAAUUGUGAGAUUAAAAGUCAUAAAUAUGGUAUGAGAUAAAAAGCCAUUAUGUCAUGACUACGAGAUAAAAAGUAGAAAAUUAUGAGAUAAAAAGUCAUGUCAUAAUUGGGAUUUUAUAUGAUAUGACAUUUAUGAGAUAUCAAGUCAAAAUGAUGAGAUAAAUAGUCAGAAAUAUGACAUAAAAGUCAAAAUUAUGAUAGUCAUAAUUAUGAGAUAUAAAGUCAAAAUUCUCAGAUAAAAAGUCGAAAAGUAUGAGAUUAAAGUCAAAAUGAUGAGAUAAAAACUGUAAUUAUGGCAUAAAAAAUUAAAUUACGGGAUAAAAAGGCAUAAUUAUGAGAUAAAAAGUCAUGUCAUAAGUAUGAGAUUUCAUAUGUAAUGAAAUUUAUGAGAUAUAAAGUCAAAAUUAUGAGAUAAAAAGUCGCAAAUUAUGAGAUUAAAAAGUCAAAAUUAAGAGAAAAAAACUCAAGUGUCAUAAUUGUGACAUAAAAAGUUGAAAUUACGAGAUAAAAAGUCAUAAUUAUGAGAUUUUAUAUUUUACAUUUAUGAGAUAAAAUGUCUUAACUAUGAGAUAAAGUCAAAAUUGUGAGAUAAAGUCAGAAUAAUGAGAUAAAAUCAUAAUUAUGAGAAAAUUGAGGCGCCUUUUUCACUGGAGCCUUUGUCACAUGACACUUGGAACAUGUGCAGUUUAUAUCUCAUAAUUUGGACUUUUAAUCUCCUAAUUAUGACUAACUUGUAAUUUAGAAUUUUUAUUUCAUAGUUAGGACUUUCUUAUCUCAUAAUUACGACUUAUCUCCUAAUUAUGACUUACCAUUGGGAAUUUUUUUUCCCUUCCAUGAGCGGAAACGGGCUUCCAUACUUUUCUAAAUAUCAAACACACAUUUAAAUGACAGUAACACUACGAGUACGAUGCAUCGAGUCUGCUUUUGAUAUCAGUUACCGUAUGAGAAAGGUUUCCUCCGUCUGCUUACUGUGGUGUGUGUUGAUCUGUGGUGUUCCUGACUGAAGUGAAUGUAACUGUGUAGUAUGAGCUGUUCCAUUGCCAUGCCAAGUAUUUGAAUGUGUGUACAUAAUGGGAAAAAAACUUGUCAAGCAUUGUGCUAAUCAUGUCGCGAGAGAGAGAGAACAGUGAAAGACGACGGUUUCAUCACUGCAAACAUCCUCCCACUCGUGUGUUGGCUUUGGAUCCUGGGAGGGAGGAACUAAGAAUCACACUGUGACAGGAAAAAAGGGCCUUACCACACAGAGAAAGGCUUUUAACAAUGCACUGUAUUCCAUUUAAUCGCGUUAUUACAUGAUCUGUGUGCAUGCCUCGUAAUGUAUCAUGUCAUUGUGGCAAGGUAAUAAAACUGGAGAUAAACCUG